AUGCUGACCAAGUUUGAGUCGAAGAGCAACCGCGUCAAGGGGCUGUGCUUCCACCCGACGCGCCCAUGGGUGCUCACGUCGCUGCAUAAUGGUGUGAUCCAACUCUGGGACUUCCGCAUGGGAACCCUCAUUGACCGUUUCGACGAGCAUGACGGCCCCGUGCGAGGUGUCGACUUCCACAAGACUCAGCCGCUGUUCGUGUCUGGCGGGGACGACUACAAGAUCAAGCACGAUUGGCACUGGUUUGGGUCGUCGCUACACCUCGACGGAUAUAGCUGCAUUGCAUUUGGCACUAUAAUGGCCAACUUGCCAUGA